AAAAGUCCCAAUAAUCUGAAGGCAGUGAAGGACAGUCGCUAAAAAUGAAGGUUACAUAAUUUAAAUUUAAAAAAAAAAUAAUAAUUGUCUUAUAACUUUUAUUAUUAUUCACAAACCUAGUCUGAAUACAAAAAAAAGUAAAAAAGACCGAGAUUUCAAUCUGCAACCUGUAAUAUUUUUUAAAAAGCUAAAUUAUAUGAUUGGGCUUGGGCUUGGGAUACAUACAACUUUGACUUUACUUUUACUUAUAAUUAUUAUAAAUUUAUAUGGUAAAAAAACCCACUCGGGGUCUCAAUAAUAUAAAUCAAUUUUUAAAAUAUAUUCCUCUACAUAAUAUGCUAAGUCUAAGGCGUGUAAAUGUAAGUUUCAACAAUAAUUAUUCUAAUUAAUUUUGGUUUUAAAGCUACUUACUAGGUUCAAUACUUACACUUGAGUAGGCAUAUAUUACAGGCUAAAUCAAUAAAAAUAUUAAGUUUUUAAUUUACCCCAUCAAGUUUGCCUCAAUCACUUAUUAAUUUUUAUUUUCAAAUAUUUUGAAAACGUUAUAUUUUCCAUUUACAGAUUUCCACAAUAAAAUGUAAUUAAUUAGUGGUGUAAUUAACCAGAAGCAAUGGGAAAUGCAUGGGAAAUACCAGUGAGUGACUGCAGCAGGGAUACCAGGGAUUCUGUGUACACAGAUCCCACUUAUAAUUCACAACUGAAAAUUGCAAUUAAUGAAAUGUUUGUGGAAUUCAUUAGAAUAGAAAAUGUGAUACAUGUGUUUCACAAGUAUAAUCUCAGAGUUCUGACAGAGGAGGAUAAAGUAAGUAUUUCAUUAUUUAAAAAAAAAAAUAUUAUUGCAGCACUUUGGCAGAAAAAAUAUGUUAAUAUGUAGGCUUUAAGAUAAGUUUUUUAAAAAUAAUUUGCCUACAUUAUUUAAUCCCUAGAUAUUUCAUUACAUUCUUUUUGGCACUUUGCACUAAAAAAAAAAAAAAAAAAACAAAUAAAAAUAAUAAAAAAUAUAAACAAAUUAAAAAAAAAAGACAAUUAAAUUUUUCAAAAAAAAAAAAUUAAGAUAAAUUUUUUAAAAAUAAUUUUCCUAAAUUAUUUAAUCCCUAAAAAUUUCAUUAAAUUUUUUUUGGCACUUUGCAAUAAAAAAAAAAAAAAGAAAUCAGAUAAAAAUGAUUAGAAAUAUAAACUAAUUCAAAGAAACAGGCUAUUUACUUUUUCAAAAAUAAAAACAUUUAGGAAAUAUUAUCUAAAAUACUUCUUACUGUCAUUAUCUAUCAAAAUGAAUUAAUUCACCAAGAAUUUCACAAAGUUAUUAUAAAUAGCAAAAUUAGAUGUGUAUAGUGUGUUACAGUGUAUAAUUCUUAUUUUUAUUUAUAUUUUAUUUUACCCUUUUACUUUUAGAUUUCCAAAUUACCUUAUACCUUGUACUAAUAAUAUUAAUAAAACAAUUUAAAGUUUAUAGGGACAAUAGACUUUUCUUAUAUGAAUAUUGCAACAAACCAGAUUUUUUAAACUUAAAAAUUAAUCAAUGUACUGGUACUAAACAUAUUAAAAAUAUUGAAAAUUUUAUUUUAUUAUUUUGUUUAAAAUGGGCCAACUCCAUUAAUUAUUUGAUUUUGUUAAACUUUUUAAUAUCUAAGUUAUAUUAAAUUGAUGUAGUAGAUGAAAAUAUUUAUUAAUAUUAAUUAAUUUCAGUAGUGGUCAAUAGUUUAUUUUGUAUCCGCAUUUCUUUUACAGGAAAAAAUUACUAUAACAGAUGGAGAUAGAGAGAGAAGCAGGGAACUGUUAACUCGUCUUGCCAUGUAUGAGAAUUGGUUUAACUGUUUACUAGAUGUUCUUGAAGAUGAAAAUGUUAAAUUAACACAUGUGGCAAGUGCUUUUCGGAACAAGAGAGGUAGCCUAAUUAGUUAAAUACUGCUAAAUCAUAUUUUGUGCUUAUUUUUAUUUAAUUAAUUGGCCCCUUACUGGUUUAGGGCCACAUGAAUGAUGUGCAUUUAACUGUGAAAAGUUAAUAAAAGGCAAUGAAAAACCAAGUUUUUUAAAGCUAUACUUUUGCCCUAGUUUUUUUAAAGUCACAUUGACUUUGCCUCCACUGAUUUGUUCUGUACAAAUCUCUUCAAAUAUCUAAGCAUUCUUUUUGAUUCUUCCUUAAUCUCAAUAUAAGUUACAUGCUUUCAAAUCAAAACUGAGCAUUUGUAGCAGAAGAAUUUUCAAAGGAAGGGUUUUACAAUAGGUGCAAGGCCAGAUUACGGUCAUUGGGUGCCAUAAGCAAUUUUGGUAUCCCAAUUUAAAACUUAAAUGUUCUAAAGAAAACGGUCACAAAAGACUUUAGAUAGAAUAAGUAUGUUUAUUAUAUACUUCUACUUAAUAAUUUUGUUAAAAAAAUUUUUGGAAAGAAUUUGGAACAUGGAAAUAAUAGAAACAGACUUUUUUUUUUGCACUGAAUUUUUUUGAAAUAGUAUAAUUAAUUAUUUUGAUAUGGAAAAAACACCUUAAUCAUUUAAUUGGUUAUAAAAUAUGAUUAUUAUUUUAUUUCAAGUCAAAAUGUGAUUUGUUGACUUACACAAAUAAAACAAGUCUACUAAAUUUAUUAGUGAAAUUACUGUUUUGAAGAUCUGAAAUGUUAAAAUAAGUCAUACAAUUUUUCGAAGCUCAAGUCUUUUUUAUUUUGUAUUUUUCAGAUGAUUUAAAUGAAAAAUGGUUACAGGAACCUGAAAUUGAGGUCAGAAAUACUUAUUUAUAAUUUAUUGAAAUAUAAAUUUCAUAAUAAUAGUCAUAAAAGUUUACUUUUUUGGUGCAUCAUACAUGGUGUUCUUACUGAAUCAUUUUCAUGAGAAAAUUAAGUCCUUAUUUUUACAUUUAAAUGAGAAUCCUAAAAGUAAAUUCCAUUUGUGUUUAGGUUUCAAUAAAAAAGUUUUUUAAAAAACAAAACAUAUUUUCUUAUUUGAAGAAAUUAAUGGGUUUUUUCAAAACUCCAUUAAAAACAUAAAUGAAAGCCAAGUUAAUCUUUUUAAAACAAAAACACUAACGAUUUAAAACAAUUUUCAAUAAUAUUUCAGCAAGAUGAUUGUCAAGUGCUGAAAAAAGGUAUUUUGUAUGCAUUUAUAUUUCAUUACAGAAAUGCUUCUAAUUAUUUAUCAGUUUCAUUGAGCAACUGAAUUAGUUGGCUAUUACUCCUAAAUGAAAUGCAAUCUUCAACAGAAAAUUAGAAAGCAUUCAUUCUAUACUAAAAUAAAAAAGGAAACUAAAACAGUUUUUCUUUCUUUGCAAUUAAAAAGUCCCCAUUUCACUGUAAUUUUUUUGCAUUAAUUAUAAGCAAUAAAAGACUUUAAAUCUGUGAAUAAUUUUAUUUAUGUAAUCAAAGAGGACAGAGCACCUAGUAGUCUUAUCAAGGAAAAUCAACGCCUCAAAAUAAAGCUUGGUAUGUGGUUGUUUUAAAAUUUAUUUUUCUACGUCACUUUUAUUACUUUAUGAGUUUGAGUGUUAUUAAGUCUAUUCAUACUAUAGAUCAUAACCAGGACAAAUAGUUUAAUAAAAUUAAAAUAAACUUUGAAAAAACAAGCCAAACAAAUAAAUAAAAAAUGGGUUUAAAGUUAUUUUUGAAAUGUGAAUAAAACACAAAAAGGAUUAGACUAUUUUCAUUCAAAUAUAUUCACAGAGAAAGAAGAAGGAUCACACACACAAGAAAAAAAGCUAUAUAAAAAAUGUGAAGAACAGUUAAAUAAUUUAAAAUCAGGUAAGAAAACUCUUUUAAUUUUUUCAAGUUCAGUAAUCUAUUUUAAAAUUCUCAGUGUGUAUUCUUUUGAUUCUCUUCUAACUAAUAUACUUUUCAUCAUUUAGUCAUCAUGCUAAAAUUAUUGUUGAGUAACAUUGCAUCGGAUUUCAUGAUUGAAUUUCAGUUAUUCUAGCAUUCCACUAAGAUUAAUUACAUUUAAUUUCUUUUUUUUAAUUUUUUUAUUUGACAAUUAUCAUUUGAAUCAACCCAUAGUAGUAUUUAUAUAUGUUGAUAAAACCAUAACUUAAAAUAUCUAUAUCAAUCAAUUACUGUUGCUAUAAAGUGUUUUAUAUCAAUAUUUUACAUAGAUCAAGCUACUAUCAAUAAAAUUCGUAUGGAAGAAAAAAACAACCUUGAAACAAAGCUAAGUAUGUUCAUACUUUUCUUUGAUUUAAUGCCAUUCAUAAAUGUGUCACACUAGUUUCAUAACUAGUUUCAUUCCCCUUUUUUUUGUUGCAACAACACAUAUUUAUAAUUUAUUACACAAUUUACAAUUUAAACACACUCAUAAUAGAUUGACAUAAAUAUGUGACCCCUUUAGGUGUGUAACAUCAUUUAGGGGUCUAUAGAUGGCCUGUAAGUGCAAAGUGCUAAAAUGAAAUUAUCUCAAAUACUUUUACAUUUAGUUCAGCUGUAAUUUACUUUUCUAGACAAAUGAUUAUUUUAAUCCUUAAAACUAUUUUCUGAUGGCUAUUUUCUCUGAAGCCUUCAUCCAUUGCCAAAGCUGAUAAAAGUAAAAUAUGGCUUUGAUUAUUUAAUUAUUAAGUCUCUCUCUCGCCUAAUACUAAUAUCAUUUUUACUCUAAUAAACAACAUUAUUUAAACUUAAUAAAAUUAUUUAUAUUUAUUUGUACUGACUCGUCAUAUUUAUUUGUAUAUGAAAUUUUAAGAUUUCCAUUUUUUAAUCUUUUGGCAGAACUUUUAAAACAAGACUAUGAGCAUGAGAAAAAAGUUCGCACGGAAACUGAAGCUAAGAUGAUGGAAGGUGUGAGAUGACAAAAAUAAAUUAGAUAGGAAAUUUUAGUAAUGAUAAAGGAGUUAUGAAAUAUUUUUUAAUGCCAAAAUUAUUUAAAAGAUAAACCCUAUGUCUGUAAAUCUGUUAUAUUUCUUGUCUUAAAAUACAUUUAUAAAAACUUAUCAAUAACAUACACUGCUGUUUAAAACAUGGUAGAUGAAAAAAUUAUGGUCGCUUUUGAUAGGAAAACUAAGGAACAACUAACUCUUUGGUAUUUAUCUACCUCUGUUAAUUUUACUUAGGAGUUUCUAAAAAUGAUGUGUCACAGAGUUUAGAAAAGCUGAGGCAGGAAUCAGGUAAGCCUAACUGAUAAUUUAUGGGAAGUCAGCCAUAUCAAUUAUGAAUAUUUUAAUAAAUAAUUUAAUUUCCCUUCAUUAAUUUGUUCAAAAAUAGAAGAUAUGACAGGGUCUUUACCUUUAUGAAAGGCCUAUUGCAUUACUUCCCACUUGCUUAUGCGCAGUAUCAACAUCUAAAACCCAUUUUUAAUGAAUGUAACUGAAUUGAGUUUUAACCACACAAAAAAAAUUUGGACACUUUUCCAAGACUUUCACAUUUAUAUUUAAGAAAUUGUACAUCAGACUUUAUUUAAUAAAAAUUUUUUAUCUAUGUCUAGAUGUUAAAAUUUCUAACAUCAUUGGGUUUGAGAAUUGUUAUUUUAGACAUAUAUAUGUAGGCCUACCCAACCAUUUUUCUCACCCUGAACAUUUAAAAAAUUGUUAAACAACUUAUAUGUCUUUAAAUUAAAAAAAAAAAUAGCAGCAUUAAUAAAAUUAUAACCUUGAUAGGUAGGCCUAUGCCACUGCUAAUUUUUUGCACACCCCUGAUCUCUUUUUAAUAUUAUGAUCAUAUCCCAUUUCAUAUGCUGAUCUAUUUUAAAUUUCUAAGGUCCGUCUCCCCAAGUUGACCACGCAAUGAAAUGCAUUUUCUUUAAAAAAAUAGUUCCAAGCACAUUUCCGUAUGUUUAAAAGAAUAUGAUAAAUUAUUUUAAAACUAAAAUUCAAAAAUGCAACAUAAUCGUGUAUUUGGCUAUUAUGUAUAGGGGCCGAUAUAUAUAUAUUUAUAAUAAUAAUAAAGUUUAUUUGAAAAACACGCUUCAUCCCCAAACGCUCGAAGCCUGGUACAAAGUCAACCAUAUUAAAAAGAGAAAUAAAAACGAUCUAAAAUUUACCACAUUUAAAAACAGACGCAACAAUAUAAAGCUACAUACGAGCAUACCCAGUCUAAGUCUUUCAUCCCGUUUCAACCAUAAGCAACACAAGCCAAUAAUACAUUAACUGAAAAAGAUGGUAGAUAGCAUCACCCCAGAAGGUGUUUGCGAAAUAGAUGUGUUUUUAAAUCGGUUUUAAAGAUAUAUAACAUCAUAUUUAGAUCAAUACUAUAGGUAUCAUUAUAACAAACAAAAAAUAUUAUCCAACAAAUACAGUUGGAGGUAUUUUUAAAAAUCCCAUUUAGUGCAGCUAUAGGGACUUUAUUUUGGUUGCCUAUAGAGCAGAGAGUAAAAAUAUAUAUAUUAUCAUAUUUUAAAAGCCCAUCUGACUCAAUUUUUAACUGGAGUAUUUCGGGAAAAUAUUUAACAUGGCUUCAUUUAAAAAUGUAUAACAAAUGGUUGGAUAUUGGAAUAUGAUAACUUUGAAUAAAGUAAUAAAGAGUAAUAGAAAAAACAAUGUAAAAUGAAUAAGUAUAAUGUUGUUAUCCAUGCUCUUGAUUUGUAAAUAACUUAAAAGUAAGCCUUAAGAAGUUUAAAGAGAUUUUAAUAUCUUUCUUAAUUUAACUUUCACAAAUUCAUGUUACAGAAAAUAAGAUUGUUAAAAAUAAUUGUGUAUCCAGGCUACUGUCAUCUUUUAUCAGUUUUACAUCAAUUCUAUAAAUGUUUGUAAUUUAUUAUUUGGAUUUUUUUUUUCGUUUAAAGCAGAACAAUAAUUCAAUUCAUUUACUGCAAAAGAUAUAACAUUUAUCUCUUCCCUAAAUUAGAAAAGUUAAGAAGAGAUUAUGACAAUGAGAGAGAAUCCCGGGAAGAUUUGGAAUCCAAGAUAAAAGUUGCAGAGGCAGGUAAAAGCAUUGUCUAUACCAUAAAGGGCACAGAUUAUCAUUAAGUUUUUAAAAACAUUGAUAAUAAUAAACAAUUUUAUUUAACCUUUUCAAUUUAUCUGCAGCCUUGAUAACAAAUCAAAUCCAACAUUUUUGUGUAAAUUUAACAGUCAUUUACAAUUAGAAAAAAAAAAAAAAACCUAUUUGCGUAAAAAUAUGAAAAACUUUCUAGGGGGGGGGGGCAAAAAAAAUCAAUUAACUUUUCAGGGGGGGGGGGGAAUUUUUUAGUAAUGUUUUAAUAUAGUUUUAAUUUACUGUAGCGUAUUUGUAAGGUGAACGAACGGACAGGACAUCAGCUUAGAUACUUUCUCUUUAUUUUCUCUUUACUUUAAUAAAUUUUUUGUCUAUUUCUGUCUAAAAUUUUUUUAUCCAAUCAAUCCAGGGAAGGGCAAGUGCCCCCCCUUGCCCCGCCCGCUGCGGGGGCCCAUGUUCAUGGCUAUGAUUACUAGUUUAUUAAUGUUAAGCUCAUAAUGUAGUGUUAGUUAUAUUAAUAAUAAUUUGAAAAACCUCCUCAGAGAAAUUAGAGAUGAAGCACGCCUUAGAGCAGGAACAUCAAGAAAAAUUAGAUGCAUUAAAAAAAGGUCAGUAUUUAGACAUUUAAAUUAUUGAAUGUCAUAUAUUUAGUUAUGUUAUGGCCCAUGAUGACCUAAUCAUAAUGACAUUUACAAACAGAUGCACAACACAGUCAUUUUCAGCAGCACUGUCUCUGAGUCAUUUCCAGUCAGGAGCGGUUGAUUGAUUAUAUUCGUCAAGUUCUUUUCACACGUUGAAUGCUUUGUACUAUUCCUACUAUCACUGAACAAAUUCAACUCCUUUUCUUAAUAAUUAUACCUUUAAUGUCUUAGUAAAUAUUAUACAUAUAACACUUGAUUAUAGCGAAGCUCGCUAAUCAGACAUAAAUAAUACACAUGCUAACACUCCAAAGUUCCACUCAAGACUGCCGCAGGACUAAAACAUACGUCACAAUACAGCAUAGACAAUACGUCACGAAUCAGCAUAAAAAUAUGUCAUAGAGACAAUGGCGGGAAGAGCGUUCAAUAACUAUAAGAGUCAAGCGCGGGAAAAGCGUUCAACAACUAAUGAACAUAAUAUUCAGUCGCAACAAUUACUAAUGAACGCUCAUACUCGACAAGCGGAAUGAUAAAGGCUGUGGAUGUGCACCAAAAUUCUUAUCUCAGUGCUCCUUGAGUUUGCCAUCAGAAACUUUGAAGAUGAAGUUUACAAUGUACAUCCAUACCAGGUUUGAUAACAGGCUGUUCCACAUGACUUGCCUCUAUGCAAAGACUAAGGUAAAAAAAUAGUUGCUAAUUAAUGAACUGCUGUUCACUGAUGAUGCCACCUUAACAUCGUACAUGGUAGGUGGACUCCAGUAUUUAGUAGAUGACCUCUUCCAUGCCUGUAAGGAGAUUGAGCUGUCUAAAGAAACUAAAAGUCAUGUCUCAAGGAACACAGUCCACUCCAACAUAUAUAUUGAGAGAUAUAAUCUGGCAGCUGUUGAAAGACAUAGUUUGGAUCUCCAUUGAGAGGUGAAUAUGAUGGGUGCAAAAGCAGCAGUAGCUAUAAGCAGGUGUGCAACAAUUCUAAAGUAAUUAAAGGUGAAAAUGUAAGCUUCUAUAAGGCAUGUGUGCUCAAUACGUUCCUCUAUGGCACAGAAUUGUGGACCAGUCAUGAGAGGAAACUAAAUAGCUUCCACUUAAGAUGUCUAUUACAAAUUCUUUGAAUUUGAUGGCAGGACAAAGUUCCCUAACACAUGGGUCAUUGAAUGUGCCAUACUGUGCAGCAUCUUCUCCACUCUUAGGAGGAGGCCCCUUCAUUGGCAAGACCAUGUAAAGAGAUUGGAGAAAGACUGUAUUCCUAAGGACCUGCUGUACAGAGAAUCGGCAGAGGGUGCAAGACAUAUUGGAUGGCUGUUACUGUGCAAUAAAGGCAUAUGUAAAGAAACAAAAGGGAAACCAAAAUAAAAUUGGCAAAUAGGAGAGUAUCACUGAUCAUGGUUUGACAUGUCGAUUGGCAGUGUACAUGGUAAUUCAACAGGAACAGGAUGCAUGAAACAAAGACUUUGUAUCAAUAACAGCAAUGCGGAAAGCCAAAGAAAAACAGCAGUCAUGGUCCACUUUGCAAAGACGUACAGCAGCUACUGUUACUCCAAGACUAAUCUCAUAAUUCAUUCAAGUAUGUGCAAAAAAUACAGAAGCUGCACUAUCAUCUUAUGAAGGUGGAAGUAUGUCCAAAAAAUUACAAAGAAAAAUUAUAUAACUGAAAAAAAUUUAGUUUUAAUUUUCAUUAAUUCCUCACUUUGUAAACAUUUUUUAAAGGGUAGAAAUGUUUUACCCCAAACAGUUAUUGAUUUUCUAAAAUGUGUCUAACAGAAUAGAAAAUUAAGUUAAUCUGAUUUUAAGCAAUCCUUUAUCUCUUUCUUUAAGUUUCUAAAACACAAUAAUUAAAAAGCUGUGUUCUUUAAUAAAUUUAGUUUGGGGUAUACAGUCCUUUAAAAUUUAUUAUUUAAUAUAACAAGAAUCAAAUCUUUUAAAAAGUGUGAUUUUUUUCAAUGCAUUAUUAAAGUCCCAAAAAGAAUGGAUGUGAAAAUUUGAUUUACCAGUCAGUGAGGAAAAAUUAAAUGACAUUAUUUACCUUCAUAAAGGAAUUUAUUUAAUUUAUUAAAAAUGUAGGACAUAUUGAAUGUAAGUACUGGUAUUGUGAAAUCAGAACUUUAUUAAUCUUAAUAAUAUUCUCUUUACUUUCUUAACAGAUGAGAAAAAUGCUUUGAGAGGAUUAAAGGAUGAAAUUAGAUUACUAACCUCACAAUUAGGUAAUUUGAUUUAAAAUUCUAUUUAUGUUGGUAACUUUUGGCUCUCCUUAGAAUAAAUAUUUAGAAAACUUUUUUAAUAAAAUGUAUUUCAAUACUCGCUUCCGCGCAGCAAAUUAAGACUUUUAUCAGGAUUAAUCCAAGUUCGGUUCUUACAUUUUUAAAAAAAGAUUAUCUAUAUACAUUUAAAAAAUAUCAGUUGACAUACAGUUCAAUAGCUAUUAUGUAGUAAAACCAUGAUUUUAUUUUGUUUCCUCAAUUAGAAAAUGUAAGAAAAGAAUGUGACCUGAAGAGAAAGUCCUGUGAUGAUUUUGAAGCCAAGACCAAGAUUAUUGAAGCUGGUAAAUC